CAGGACGACAAAAAUUAAAGGAGCGCAGCUUCCUUCUACAAGAUCUUGAGAUGCGUGAAAACGGCAGGCACCGCGGCCGCAUCACCCCCUCCAAUUCCUCUCCUCUUCUUCCCAAACGGACCUCGAGUUCGGCAAGAACAGCAUCAGCUAGCCGGAGCAGCAACCAAUCUUCUGCUGCUCCCUUUUGAGCUUUCAUCCGAUCGAUCGAUCUCUCCCAUGCGGCAGCUUUACCAAUCCAUGCGCCUGAGGUAGCAGAUUCACCGAUCGAUCGAUCUAUCCCGCCGGCUGGACGGGCAGCUAGCUCUAUCCAUGGGGAGCGAUGUCAAGUCAGGCGGCUCCGGUGGCGGUUCGGAGCGGUCGUCGCCGGUUUCCGCCCCCACGGCCGCCGUCUGCUGCAUGUGCGGCGACCGUGGCCUCCUGCCGGAGCUGUUCCGCUGCGCCGCCUGCGCCGUCCGCUCCCAGCACACAUACUGCACGGAGCGAUACCCCAAGGCGGAGUCGUAUGGCACGUGCAACUGGUGCCUGAGGGCGGACAAAGGAGGCAACCACGGCGGCGCCGCCUCGGGCUCGGUGAGACCGUCCACCGCCAGAGCGGCCGGCGGCGAUCCUGCCAGCAGCAGCAGCAGUAGUGCCGGCGGCGGCGCCGGUGGCAGGUCGGUGGCGGCCAAGGUCGUCGUCGCCGCCCGCGGGCACUUCGCUGCGGACCUGAGCAAGCCCAUCAAGAAGCCGCCGCCGCCGCAGCAGCGGCGUAUCCUGCUGCGGCGAUCGGCGUCGGACGUCGGCACCCGUGUCCGCGGCGCCGGCCACCACGACGCGCCGCCGUCGCCCGGCGUCGCGAGGGGCAGGCCGAGGGUGCGGAGGUACAAGCUCUUGGAAGAGGUGAUCACUACUAGCUAGCUAGCUAUAUUAAUUACUAUAUAUAUAUAAAGAGAGAGCCAUUACAUGUACAGCCAUGCACACAUAUAUAUAUAUAUAUAUAUGCAUGCACGGUACGUAUUAUGAGUAGACAGCAAGCAGCAAGAGCUAGCUGCAAUGUUAAGCUGUUAAUAUGCCUCUUUAAUUAGUACACAGGAGGAAGUUGCUAACUGAUCAUGUGAAUAUCUUCACUCCACUUGAUCAUGGGUUAACGAAGAGUGUUCUCAGAGAUGAGUAGUGUAUAUAUAUGUGUCUUUAUGUGCAUAUCUCUUAAAUUUCAGUAUGCUGGAGAAGAAAGUUUUUUAGUUAAAUAAUUAAUGAACAGCACUUGCUGUCUUGAGCUUAAGCAAAAAAAAAACAA